CCUUCUGAUGGAAGAAUGGUUGUGCUCAGGCAGUUUGGGCUGCUUCUCUGGAAGAAUUAUAUCCUGCAGGUAAGCUGGCACUCAGGUGUAAACCUACUUGCAUCUUUUUUUUUUUUGGUAACAGUCAUAGAAACCCCCCUGCCGCUGCUGUUUGCUGCCAUCCUGAUUGCACUUCGUCACCGGGUGCAUUCAAUCAGCCACCCCAACGCCACUAUCUACCCUACCCAGUCAGUGGAUGACCUGCCAGUGUUCUUCUAUCACCGACAUCCGAGCAACCCUUGGGAGCUGGCAUACGUUCCCUCGAACAGCAGUGCUGUGAAGAGCAUUGCUGAGGCAGUAGAGAAAGCUUUACCGAUCAGCAUUAAAGCUCAAGGCUUUUCCUCAGAGAGGGAAUUUGAGGAAUACGUGAAGUUGGACAACCGCUCAGGCAACGUGCUGGCUGCUGUUGUGUUCAAACACUACUUCAGUCGGAGCAAGGCCCCCUUGCCCCUCCAGGUUGAUUAUGAACUGCGCUUCAAGUACAGCCCGAGGAAUGCUCCCCGGAGUGAGCAGACGGGCUUGAACCCCAACCUUGACCGUGACUGGCACACCAGCUACCUCUUCCCUCUUUUCCAGUUGCCUGGCCCCAGGGAGGCCAAGUUUGCAGAUGGUGGAACACCGGGUUAUAUCCGGGAAGGCUUCCUGGCAGUGCAGCAUGCUGUUGAUAGAGCCAUCAUGAAAUAUCACACUAACACCACCAAUGCCAGCCUGCUGGAGAAUAUCACAGUGGUGGUACAGCGCUUCCCUUACCCGUCGUACAUCAAUGACCUCUUCCUUCUUGCCAUCCAGAACCAGCUACCCCUUCUGCUCAUGCUCAGUUUCACCUACACCUCACUCAACAUCGUCCGUGCUGUCGUACAUGAGAAGGAGAAGAAGCUGAAGGAGUACAUGCACAUGAUGGGCCUCAGCAACUGGCUGCACUGGAGCGCCUGGUUCCUCAUGUUCUUCCUCUUCCUCCUGGUGUCCGUGUUUUUUGUUACAGUGCUCUUCUGUGUCAAGGUGAGCGAGCAGGGAGCAGUGCUUACCAACAGCGACCCCACACUGGUGUUCACUUUCCUCGCCGUAUUCUCCAUCUCCUCUAUCUCCUUCAACUUCAUGGUGAGCACCUUCUUCUCCAGAGCAAACGUUGCAGCUGCUGCUGGUGGCUUCCUGUACUUUUUCUCCUACAUCCCUUACUUCUUCAUCUCACCCCGCUAUGACCUGAUGUCCCACAACCAGAAGCUGGCAUCGUGCCUCAUCUCCAAUGUGGCCAUGGCAAUGGGGGCACAGCUCAUUGGCAUGUUUGAAGGAAAAGGGACUGGCAUUCAGUGGAGAGACCUCACGAAGCCAGUCAGCGUGGACGACAACUUUACCUUAGCACAAGUACUGGGGAUGCUGCUCCUGGACUCAGCUCUCUAUGGCUUGGUGGCCUGGUAUGUGGAGGCUGUCUUUCCAGGGGAGUACGGUGUGCCGCAGCCUUGGUACUUCCUCUUUACGCCCUCCUACUGGUGUGGGCGCCCUAGGACUGUCGUGGGAAAAGAGAAGGAGGAAGAGGAGGACCCUGAGAAGGCCAUGAAGAGCCAGUACAUUGAGGAGGAGCCUGCCGACCUUGUGUCAGGAAUCAAAAUAAAGCAUCUUUCCAAGGUCUUCAGAGUGGGAAACAAGAUGAAAGAGGCAGUAAAGGACUUAACAGUGAACAUGUACGAAGGGCAGAUCACAGUCCUUUUGGGACACAACGGUGCUGGGAAGACCACUACUCUGUCUAUGCUCACAGGUCUAUACUCUCCAACAAGUGGGCAAGCAUACAUCAACGGCUAUGACAUCUCGCAGGACAUGGUUCUGAUCCGACGGAGCCUAGGCCUGUGUCCCCAACAUGACGUGCUCUUUGACAACAUGACAGUGGAAGAGCAUCUCUACUUCUACUCGGGGCUGAAAGGCUACCCACCUUCCAAGUGCCCUGAGGAGAUUGACCACAUACUGAGGAUCCUGAACCUGGAGGACAAGCGCCACUGUCUAACCAAGGCACUCUCUGGUGGCAUGAAGCGCAAGCUCUCUAUUGGCAUUGCCCUCAUUGGGGACUCCAAGGUGGUGAUGCUGGAUGAGCCAACGUCGGGGAUGGACCCAGCCUCCCGCAGGGCCACAUGGGACCUCCUCCAGCAGCAGAGGAGCAACCGUACCAUCCUGCUCACCACCCACUUCAUGGACGAGGCCGACCUGCUGGGGGACCGCAUAGCUAUCAUGGCCAAGGGCGAGCUGCAGUGCUGUGGCUCAUCUCUCUUCCUCAAGCGUAAAUAUGGGGCAGGAUAUCACAUGGUGAUGGUGAAAGAGCCGUAUUGUAGCCUGGGGGAGAUCUCCCGCCUCAUCUGUCAGUACGUGCCCAACGCCACCAUGGAGAGCAAUGCUGGGGCAGAGCUGUCCUUCAUCCUGCCCAAAGAGAGCACGCACAGGUUUGAGGCUCUCUUCACUGAGCUGGAGCAGAAGCAGGACGAGCUAGGCAUUGCCAGCUAUGGUGCAUCUGUCACCACCAUGGAGGAAGUCUUUCUGAGGGUUGGGAAGCUGGUGGAUUCCAGCAUGGAUAUUCAGGCUAUCCAGCUCCCUGCUCUUCAGUACCAGCAUGAGAGACGCUCCAAUGACUGGGCCAUGGAUGACUCCAGCAGCCUAAGUGGAAUGACAGAUAUGACAGAUGACAGUGGGGCGCUCAUUACAGAGGACUGCUCCAGUAUCAAACUCAACACAGGGUUCUACCUUUGCUGCCAGCAGUUCUAUGCCAUGUUCAUGAAGCGAGCCAUGUACAGCUGGCGCAACUGGAAGAUGGUGGCAGCACAGUUCCUUGUGCCUCUGAUUUUCACUGCCUUUGCCCUCAUCGUCGCCAAGACCUUCCCAGGACCCAGGGACUCCUCCCUGCUGAGGCUGAUGCUGGAGCCCUACGGCCAGACAAUGGUGCCUUUCUCUGUCUCAGCGACCUCAGAUCUGUCGCGGAGGUUAGCAGAGCAGUAUGCGGAGCUGCUGGAUGCCCAGCACCAGUCACCGCUGGAGGUGCUAGGUGGCCUGGAGGAGUACCUCAUCUCAAGAGCAUCUGAGGAGGGGGGAGCCUUCAAUGAACACUACAUCGCUGCUGCCUCUUUUAAGGGAGCUGGAAACCACACAGUGGUCACCGCACUGUUCAACAACCAGGCAUACCACUCCCCUGCCACUGCCCUCAUGCUGGCUGACAACGCUAUCUUCAGGGUACUGGCAGGCCCCAACGCAUCCAUCACGGUCACCAACUACCCUCAGCCUCGCAACAUCACCGAGAAGGCCAAGGACCAGCUCAUGGAAGGCCAGACUGGGUUCGCCAUUGCCAUCAACUUGCUCUAUGGCAUGGCUUCACUCGCCAGCACCUUCGCCCUCCUUCUGGUCAGUGAGCGGGCUAUCAAAGCCAAGCAUGUCCAGUUCGUCAGUGGAGUCUAUGUGGUCAACUUCUGGCUUUCUGCCCUGCUCUGGGACAUCAUCAACUUCCUCAUUCCUUGUGCUCUGAUGCUGGUGAUAUUCCAGGCCUUUGAUGUGCAAGCCUUCACCCAAGACAGCCACCUCGUUGAUGUGAUGCUGAUCUUCCUCCUUUAUGGCUGGGCCAUUAUCCCCCUCAUGUAUCUCCUCAGCUUCUUCUUCUCGGUAGCAGCCACAGCCUACACACGUCUCACCAUCUUCAACAUCCUCUCGGGCACGGCCACUUUCCUUGCAGUCACCAUCAUGAGCAUUCCAGAACUGGGCUUGGUGGACCUCUCCAGAACCCUGGAUAAAGUCUUUCUCCUCUUACCCAAUUAUUGCUUGGGCCAAUGCAUCAGUGACUUCUACCAGAACUAUGAGUUCAUUCAGUUUUGCACCUCCUCUGUUGAAGCCAUCUUCAUCUGCAAGGCGUUCAAUAUCAGUUAUCAGAUGAACUACUUUUCCUGGGAGAUGCCUGGGAUUGGACGAUACCUGACAUCCUUGACUAUCCAGGGCUUCUCCUUUCUUUUCCUCCUUUUCCUCGUUGAGACAAACCUUCUCUGGAGAUUAAGAACUUUGAUCUGUGGCAUCUGCAGGCGGCGAAAAUGGGUUGCACUCCUGAACAGGGUGCCUGUGCUACCAGAAGACAGGGAUGUAGCAGAUGAGAGGAAGAAGGUUUUGGAGUCACCACCAGAGCUGCUGUCAUCACUGAGCAGCCCCCUGGUCAUCAAAGAGCUCACUAAGGUCUAUGACAGCCAGGAGUCCCUGCUGGCAGUGGACAGGAUCUCCUUGGCAGUCAGCAAAGGUGAAUGCUUUGGCCUUCUUGGCUUCAAUGGAGCAGGCAAAACCACCACCUUCAAGAUGCUGACUGGCGAUGAGAGCAUCACAUCAGGUGAUGCCUAUGUGGAUGGCCACAGCAUUCUGGCCAACAUCAAAAAGGUCCAGCAGCGGAUUGGCUACUGCCCACAGUUUGAUGCCCUCCUGGAUCACAUGACGGGCCGCGAGACUCUGAGCAUGUACGCCCGGCUGCGGGGCAUCCCUGAGCGUUAUAUUGGCAGCUGUGUGGAGAACAUGUUGAGAGGGCUGCUGUUGGAGCCCCACGCGGACAAGCUAGUGAGGACUUACAGUGGUGGUAACAAGCGGAAGUUGAGUGCUGGCAUUGCCCUCAUCGGUGGCCCCCCUGUGAUCUUCCUGGAUGAGCCCUCCACUGGCAUGGACCCUGUGGCCCGGCGUUUGCUCUGGGAUGCAGUGACACGGACACGAGAGUGUGGCAAAUCCAUCAUCUUCACCUCCCACAGUAUGGAAGAGUGCGAGGCCUUGUGCACCCGACUGGCCAUCAUGGUGAACGGGCAGUUCAAAUGCCUGGGCAGCCCCCAGCACCUGAAAAGCAAGUUCGGCAGUGGCUACACCCUGUUGGCCAAAACGCGGAGUGAUGAGGAAGGCGAGCUGCUGGCCUUUAAGGCCUUUGUGGAGAAGACUUUCCCAGGUAGCGUCUUGAAACAUGAACACCAGGGCAUGGUACAUUAUCACUUGACCAACAAGAACUUCAGCUGGGCACAGGUCUUUGGGGCCUUGGAGAAAGCCAAAGAGAAGUAUCACUUAGAAGACUAUUCGGUUAGCCAGAUAUCACUGGAGCAAGUCUUCAUGAGUUUCACUCGCUUCCAGCACUACACAGAGGAUCGAGGGAAAUGAACCCACUGGUGCCCUUCUUCAUGGACUGGCUCUGCUGCCUAUACAUAGUAUAUAUAGAGACAGUAAUUUAUAUAUCAGCGUGUGUCUUAAAUAAUGUAUAAAUGUAAGAAAAUUUUCACCGGGGGAGGGAGACGAUGGAAUCAUACCUUUUGCUGGUGAGCUAUGGGAAUCACAAGUAGUGUGUGUGUUGCGUGCCUGCUGCAGUGCACGCAUGUGUGUGUAUAUGUGUGUGCGUGUGCCUGUGUGUGCAUGUGACACUUUCACUCUUCAGCGUUCAUUCCCAUCUACAGCAAAAAAUGUCCAAAAAGCAGGGGAAAUAAUAGAUGGAAGGGCAUUGUGGAUUCUGCUCCAUCCUCAAAUCUUGGUGUGCCUGUCAGCAGAGUAGGACUGGGGUACUGUCUGGUUCUUCUGGCUGGUGUGGAUGGUUGGAAGGCAGGCUGCUGCCCUGACGCUGCACAAGUUUCCCACACGCCCAUCAUCACACCCUGCCCAAAACUCAUGUGCAUCAGGACGCUGCUUUAUGCUCUUCACACGCAUGUCAAAUUAUAUUCUGUUAGGUGGUUUGCUUGUGAUUUAACAGGAUCCUGUUAAAUAGCUUAAAUCUAAGGCGUUCACUGGGUUAAUUAGGAUGCAUUGAGGUUGCCCUCUUUGAAGCACUUCUAGUCUAGAUGGAGGGGACACAAGGGAACAGCCACGGUUUUCCCCCUACAGCAAAUCUUCCGUCCAUUCCAUUAGCAGCAGAAGGUGGGAGAAGGCUCUGCCUCCUUUUAACGUCAUAGAAAAGAUGUGCCCCUCCUGCCUGCUUGGCUCUCACUCAAUACUCUGCUGAGACUUGCUUCAGGCCUGCAGCUGUCAGCCACCACGUGGGGAGAGGACAAGACCGGCUGUUCUGCACAGAGGCUGUUAGUCACUGCUGCCUGGGGAACGUCUUUGGGGUGCAUGUGCUGCUCCUGUGAUAGCCUGCAAGCAAGGGGUGGCUUCACUCCAGCAAGGAGCAGAAGGUGCUCUGAACUCGCUAGUCAUCAGGCAUUCAUUUUUUGCUGGUUGUUUGACCCACAGUUCAGGUGUGUGCUUCAGAGGUGGCACCAGGCUUUCCCCUCCUCUUUCCUCCUGGGGUGUAUGCAGCACCCCAGGGUCCUGACUGGGGAGGGUUGGCUUUGCUCUGCCAAGGAAAGCUGUUCCUUUCCCCUCAGGCACGGUACAAACCCUGCUGUCCAGAAGGGAUGUGCCCCAUUUCCCCUCCCCACACGCACUUUUAUUUUCCCUGCCUGUGACAUGGGUGCUGUGCAGUGUCAGGAGGGAGGGGGAAACCAGCAUCCCUUUGCACAUUGCAAAAAGGCAUCUGCAAGGCAUGGUUUAUUAUGAGCAGCCUGUGCUGAACUGUCUCAGUCAGCAGUGCUGAACCUGAUGUGUGCUGCCAACCCAGACUCCUGAUGCCAUGUCAAAAGGGAAAUAUAAGAGCUCUUCUUCCUCCUGCUGGCAGAGGGCCAGCUGAGGGAGUUGAAAGGUGCUCACGGAUGGAGACGUACUUGUCAUUAGAGGCUGGCAACAGCUCAUGCUGUCCAAGGGAAGGCAUGCUGUGCAGUGCCAGGCACUGGCACUGGAUUUGCAGGGAGGAUGCUUAAUGGAUAAAUGCCCAGAGUUUGGCCCUUUGAUAAGGCACAUGAGGAAUAAGGCCAUGGCCCUAGAGCUCAGUCUGAAGGCAGUGAUGGCUUGGAGGUUUAGCAGCUUGUCUGAGGACUGUUUGGAGCAUCCAUUAAAAAGUUUAGACAACUGCAGAGCCCUGGACUGUGUUACACAGCUGCUCCAGUUGCAGGUCUCCAGACCUGCAAUUGAAGGGUUUGAAGGACCAGUGAUGCUCUGGCUGCAUACAUGUUCUUGUCUGCUCUCUUCCCUUAUGCCCAAGAGACCUCCAAGCAGAGUGUGUCUGUCUUCCCCAUGUCCCUCUCCUCACCCACACAUCCAGCUGCUCCCACAACAGGGAACAACUGAAUUUGCUGCCAUGGCUUUGCCCUGCUGUCAGGGAAUCUGCUCCCACCCAAGGCAUCGGACCUGAAUGCAGUGCCAAGGGUAUUAGACAGUCAGUCUGCCCAGGCCCUGUGCAUGCAAAGCCAGAGGCAGCAGGAGCAAGGGGGAUUUAUUUUUGGCAUUUCCCAGUGGUUGGGUUGCUUUUUAUUUGUUUGUUUUACAUAUGUGUUGGUUCUUGUCUGUCUCUUAACUAGUCCCUAUUUCACUUAUGUGUCCUUCAGUCCCCUUCUGGCUGGCUGCUCUGUGAUCAAUGCAGAGCUAUUAUUUGCACUAUAGUAAUACACACAAUUGCACAUACUAAAUCAAUUAAUAGUAUUGGGGGGGGGGGGCUGAUUCCCUUCUAGCGAUUGCAUUGUCAGGGGUUGGGUUAUAUUUUGGGUUGGGCUUUUUGUUUUGUUCCUGUAACUGAAACGCUCUUUCCUGUUUCAUUUUUUUUCCUUUCUCCUAAUGCUGAUGUUUAAAAAAAAAUGGUCGUGCAUCAUGUUACUAAGAAUUUCCCUGGAUCUUA